UGGGCUUCAAGGAGAUGGAGCAGGUAGGGACAGGUCUUGGUGACACUACAGAUAUGACAACUAGUACUGACUUGUACCUCCACAGACCAUGUCAACAUUGCACAAACAGAACUUCGACCUCAAGCUGGAAUUGUUCCACCGACGCGAGCGGCAGGCAAUCCUGGAGGACAAAAUGGAGAGAUUGGAAGCACACAACGCGGAAAUGAUGGAGUUGCAAGAACACUUACUGGGCGAGUUGGAGAAGCGAGACAAGGCGGUCGACGAGGCAGUCGCCAUGAUCGCUCGGUUAGAGGAAAGGGUGGAGGAGCUGGCGAAGGAAAGGGAAAUGGUUCGGCAGGUGGAGGCAGAUGGGGCCUACCUGCACUCUCGACAUAGUCCAUCAGACCCAGACGCAACUGCGACAUCGAAAGCUAAAGAAUCCCCGAAGCAUCAAUAUGCCGAACCUAAGACGCUCAAUCGUAUGCCCAGCUUUCUGUCGGAGCACAGGGAACACACCGAAAACUUGCGAAAUGUCGUUCUAGAAAAUGGUGGCAGCAUGUUCCACCUGCGCAAAGUGUCCGACUCGAGCGCCGACCCGAGUGAGGUCAAUCGGGUCGUCAGUCCGAGUCUCAGCGUGCUGAGUGAGAGCUCAUUCACGAGCGUCUACGGUUCUAAAGGACCUGGAGACCCGAUGGCGACUUCCUUGCUGGCGCAGGGUGCGGUGCAGGGUGCAGUGCCAGAGCUCAGUGACGAUAAUUUCGUCGUGUCGCUCACACGGGGAAAGAAGCAGAGCAAGGGAAGUUGGACAGGUCAGCAGGGUAGCGCGGCCCUGAGUCAAAGGUCCCUGGAGCCCUCUAAGGGAGGAGCCAGCCUGUCUUCUCAGCUGGCAUCACUCAAUAACCUGCUUGAACUCAGUUCACCCUUGCAGCAGUUGGAGAUGCUGGAGAGAAGGUUUUCCAUUGCGGAUGAUGGUUCGCGACCGUCGACAUCGAACCAAGGGCGGAACAUGACACGAACAUCUUCUCAGCGCCCGUCCCAGACUAAGACGAAACAGGAGAAGCGCGAGGCGUUGCGCAAGGUACUCACGCCAUCUUCUGCCUCGAGAGAACUUGGUACCGCACAUGUGCUGCCGCCGACGCCGGACACAAUAUCCACAUCGACACUGCGACGCUUUCGCCACUCUAACGACACACUUUCAAAUGAGUCCCGUCUGACAGCCCGUGACAGCUUCCUCAACGACGGUGCGAGCGUAGCUUCAGUAGAUGGGCCAUCACGACCUCCAGUGCAGCAGCAGCCGCUGCACCCCGACAGGUCGCCAUCUCAGCCAGCAUCCAUUACGGCCUUCAACAGCCGCAAGAAUAUUCUCCCCGCCAUUGACACAAAUAUCUUCGCGGAUUUCAGCCACGUUGGCCAUCCCUUGCCUGCACGGCCACGUUCGACAGAGGAGACCACCAUCUCAGGCACACAAGCUGACACGUGGGCCGGGGAUUCUAAUUCGGACUCGGACGGCGGCGGCGCCGAUGCUCACUCGGACGACAGUAAUAUUAACAGCAAUUUCGACCCCUGGAUGCGUGAGCGCCAUGGCUCGAAGGCCAAGAAGCGUAGCAACUCGCCUGAUCUCUUCAGCUUCCCGGAGACUUCGGGUGGCUGGGAGACGGAAGCGCUCUUCGGGGCCAUACGUAAGAACGGCUUGAUGAGUCCCGUCGCCGGUCUGAAAAGAGACCCGCUAGAUGAGAUGGCUCCCAGCGUGAGCGGUAUGAUGACGCCCCGGACGGCCGUCUUCAUGCCACCAGCGCCAGCCCAGAGGGAUGGAGGCUUCCUGCCUCCUAAUCGUAGGAGUAGCCUUCAUGCUCGCACGGGAUCCUUGAGCGGUAACGUCAUCGCCCCCGCGGCUGGGAAGCUUAGGAAGAAUCCCGCCCGGAGUGAUAGCGCCAACGGGAUCAUGGGUGGCAUGAGACGGAGCAACAGCAUCGACACUGCGGCGGUGGCGAUGACGGCGGCCAAAAUGCAACAAAACCAAGCUUGGCCUCAGACUGGUGGACAUGAACAAGGUGCAAUGGUGGGAAAACGAACCCAAUAUCCGCCUAUCUCAGGUCAGAGCCAGGGCCAGGGCCAGGGCCAGGCGAGUCAUAGCAGACGGUUUUCGGGUCUUGGGAAAGGACUAGGAUUGUUCAAACGCGACCGAAGCGACAGCGACAGCCAGAGCCUGGGUGUUCCGCCUUCCGCCACGACAGGUGCGACCUAUGCUGCCGAUGCUCGCCAGCCUUCUGUGCAGAGCCACGGCUAUAACGUAAACAUGUGCGCAGGACGUAGUGUGCCGCCACCAUCGGCCAUGUCUUGGGCCUUGCGAGCACCUGUGGCGUUUGACGACAACCUGGGCAGUGCGACGCCGCCUCCUAUCAUGCGCAAUCGCGCCCCCGCUCGGCAGUUUGACAUGGGAGUGGACGGGCACGGCGACGUUGCCAUUCCGUCGAUGCCGCAAGGGCAGCGGGGCGGGGACGUGAGCGGCGGAGAUCCUAGGACCGGGACUGGCAAUAAUAACCUGCAGACUACAGGCCGGAGGAAAUGGCUGAGUGGUCUGGGACGGAGGAGCAGUGUUAAAAAUAAGGGCACGUGAAAUGCUCACGGAGGGUGAUGACCAUUGAGAUCUCUACCCAUUUGAGCACACGGGGCCAUGGAAAAUUGGGUCAUACGAACAUGCGCAAGAAUCCACUGAAGAUAGACAUGUGAAGUUUCCCGGUGGGGGCGUGGGUGGGGGGCAGCUCGAUGACAAAAACUUGGAUAGGUAAACCCAGUACAUGGAAUGAUUUGGGGAUUGGGAUAAACCGGUAAGGGAGGUUGCAGCAGUCAUCUCAGAUUUGGACUGAACUAUGGCUUCCGUGGACUGCAGACAGCCAUGGCGCAACAAGAUUGAAUAUGAUGGUGGGGCCAGAAAUUAGAAAAAGAAUGAAGAGAG